AUGGCCGAGAGCAUCGCGAACCACUACCAGCCACUGGAGGAGCUGGGCCGUGGAAGUUUUGGUGUCGUUUACAAAGCACUUGAUCGGGCAACAGGCGAGACCGUUGCUCUGAAACUGAUCGAUCUCGAAUCCAGCGACGACGAUAUCCAAGAGAUCCAGCAGGAAAUCUCCGUCCUCAGCACCUGCGCCAGCCCAUACGUCACCCAAUACCGCGCAAGCUUUCUCCACGGCCACAAGCUAUGGAUUGUGAUGGAAUACCUCGGUGGCGGCUCCUGCCUCGACUUGCUGAAGCCGGGAAACUUUGCCGAGAGCCAAGUUGCAAUCGUCUGCCGAGAGUUGCUGCGCGGCCUCGAGUACCUACACAGUGAGGGCAAGAUCCACCGCGACAUCAAGGCGGCAAACAUCCUUCUCUCCGAGACGGGCAAGGUCAAGCUGGCUGACUUUGGUGUCGCCGCGCAACUGACGGACCUCAAGUCCAUCCGCAACACGUUUGUGGGCACGCCCUUCUGGAUGGCCCCCGAAGUCAUCCAGCAGGCUGGUUACGACUUCCGCGCUGAUAUCUGGUCACUCGGCAUCACGGCGAUCGAGCUUGUCCUGGGUGAGCCACCACACGGCAAAGUGCAUCCCAUGAAGGUGCUGCUCCAGAUUCCCAAGAACCCGCCGCCACGCCUCGAGGGCAACUUCAGCAAGGACUUCAAGGACUUUGUCGCGCAGUGCCUCAUGAAGGACCCCGAUCGGCGGCCUACGGCAAAGGAGCUGUUGAAGCACCGCUUUAUCCGCUCGGCUGGCAAGGUUGAGUCCAUGCAGGAGCUUGUGGAGCGGCGGCGAAUGUUUGAUGCCGACCAGCAGCACCGCGUCUCCCACCCUGUGUACUACCAGGAGACGCUCAACUCCCUGGCGCCAAAAGACGAUUCCGACGACUGGGUAUUCGAUACGGUCAAGUCUGUCGCUCCCGCACGCCGCACGAUCCGGUCGCGGAGGACGUCGGCACUUUACGCUACAGAAGAGCUCAUGCGCAAGCUGGACGUCAAGGACGGGCCUCUGCAGCCCAGCUCGCCUACUGCUACGGGCACCGUUCGUCACACUGGUACGGCCCGGCGCAUACCGUCCAAUGUGUCUACUGGCUCACCGCGGCGCACGUCUCUCGUCUCCAGCGGGGUUCCUGCCAUUCAGCCAAAACGGCCACUCCAGCCGGACAUGUCUUUCGGCAACAGCGGCUCCACCAUGCGUCUCUUCCGCCGCGUUCCCUCCGACGGCUCAAACAGCAGCCAGAUGGGAUCAUCCGAGCCUCCGUCCCCCGACUCUGUCUCCACCGCAACCACCAUAACGACCAACGAGAACCUGCCACCACAAGCCUUGUCGCAGCCGAGCUACUCAUCAUCGGAGCUGUCAAGCAAGGAAGCCACUCUCGGCCACCGCCUCUUCACAAAGAUUGUCGACCCCACGAUGGGUGAACUACACGCGCAGACUUCUACGCUACAGAAGCGCGAGGCGCUUGCCAAGCUGUCCGACGCAUUUGCCGUUUUGGAUGCGGUGGACCCUGAGGGUGCAUACCAUUUCAUGAAGAGCAUGAUGGCGGGCGUCGCAAACGACUCGCGCCUGAGCAGCGCCUUCCUCCCGCAGCAGUUUCAGCAGCCUAUUUCCAAGACACCUCAGGAUGGCACACCGCAGGGUACCGUUGUAAUCAAGAACGGCAACAGCAACCCAACCGUCCAGUCUAACAACAUUGUGCCCCCGCCGGCUCCGACAAAGCUGAUCCUUAGUCAGGCCAACCCGCAUUUGAAGAGCCACAGGCGGCGGAACGGCAGCAUUGUUCAAGCUGACACUCCGGUACUUGACAAGCUGCCCGAGAGAGACCUGCGUGAAAUGGAGAAAGCGCUGUUGCAGUCCAAGUUCCCGGGACGCGAAGCGACCCCAGGUAUGGAGCACUCGAAGCAGCUUUCCGACGUUCUCUACAGACGAUGGGCCGAGGGGCUCCGCCGGCGCUGGCCAGCUGUCUGA